CAAUCAUGGCUUCCCCUCCGCUGCCUGCUGGAAAAGUCGUCGAAGUCCUCGACACAUCGACCAGCCGGGUUUAUGCGCAUCUGCACACGCUGCUGCUGCUCGCCAUAGUGCCCGUCUCUUGGUCCAGUCUGGUGGCCGCACCCGUCAGCACUUUGCUUCAUCUGGCGCCCACGACGCUCGUACUGCAGGCUCUAUACUGCGCCGUCUGCCUCCCGCAGACCGGACAGCCCACAACAUCAACAACAACGACGACGGCGACGGCAACGACAACAACAACAACGACGCCGUCGCCGCCGCACUCGAAACCCAAACCGCCCAGGCCCAACAAGUCCGGCCACAACAAGACCGCAAGAGCCGUCACCGCUACCGCCCUGCUCUCUCUCGUCCUCACCUUCUUCCUCGCCGCGCCGCUACUCUGCAUCAUCGCUCUCCUCUUCGGCGCCCCCCUCGUCUCGCAUCAGCCUCACACGGCUCUCCUCGCCGUGCAUCUCGCCCUCCUGACUACCCCGCAUCUCUUCUACGUACACGGCCUCGACGCUACGGCAUGGCUGCGUCUCGCCAGUUUGCAACAGCCGUACGAUGAGGUCUAUGGCCUGUCCCUUGGUGCCUGUGCUGGAGCGUGGCUGGGGGCGAUACCGAUACCGUUGGAUUGGGAUCGAGAGUGGCAAAAGUGGCCUGUCACUAUCGUAUGUGGCAUGUACGCUGGCGCCGUGGUGGGAAAAUUGGCGGGUGGAUAUCUGCUUAAAGGGUUCAAGAUGAAGAUGUUGUAGAGAGCGAUGGGUGGGACAUGGAAGAGAGGGAAAGAGAGGGCGAGAGAAAGGACGGAGAUAUAUAUAUAUCAUUUACAAAUCAUGACUUUGUUUUCUC